AUGCAUAGCACCAACCACACCUUCCACCCAGAUGUCAUCAUUUUGAAGGCCAUCCCAGGUCUGGAGAACAUACAAUUUUGGAUGUCCAUCCCCUUCUGCACCAUGUACAUAGUGGCACUUGGGGGUAACUCCUUGUUGGUCAUACUUAUCUGGGUGGAGCACAGUCUCCACGAACCCAUGUAUCUUUUCCUGGCCAUGUUGGCUAUAACAGAUUUCUUGCUCUCCAACACCAUCAUGCCCAAGAUGUUGGCUCUCUUCUGGUUCCAAGCUGAGUCCAUUCUUUUCCAGGCCUGUAUCACCCAAAUGUUUUUUGUCAUUUUCAUCUUUGUGAUGGAGUCAACAGUUCUUCUGGCCAUGGCAUUUGACCGUUAUGUAGCUAUCUGCUUCCCACUGAGAUAUACCAUGAUUCUGACCCCAUCUGUGAUCAGAAAAAUAGCAGGAUUUUCUGUGGCCAGGGGCUUGGUCAUCACUUCCCCUUUUGUCUUCCUCGUUGAGCGACUGCCAUUCUGUGGAAACAACAUCAUUACUGAUACUUAUUGUGAACUAACGAAGAUUUCCAGGCUGGCCUGUGCAGAUAUAACUGCCAAUAACAUUUAUACUCUGGUGAUGUCAUUCUUAUCUACAGGCUUAGAUGUCUUUCUCAUUUCUAUCUCUUAUGUGUUUAUUCUUCGUGCAGUCUUCCGAAUUCCAUCCCGUGAUGCCCAGUUAAAGGCUCUGGGUACUUGCAGUUCACAUGUGUGUGUCAUCCUCAUGUUCUACCUACCAGCCUACCUUACAGUGCUAGUUGGCAAUCUUGAUUGUGGGGUUCUACUGGCUAAUCUUUAUGUAGUUGUGCCUCCUGCAUUGAACCCCAUCAUAUAUGGUGUCAGGACCAAGCAGAUCCGAAGUUUUGUCACAUCAAAGCUCUCCCAGUUGGGCCCGUGGUGUGGCAGGGGAGGAGUUCAGGAAGAUUAG